UCCCUCUCUCUCCUUUUGACCUCGAGCGGGCGGGCGGGCGAGGAAAUCGAGAGCUCCGGCCGCCGUCCCCCUUCCCUCCCGAUUGCGCAAAGGUCCGAUUCGGGUGGGCCCCGGCGAGACGGCAUGGCGACGGAGAGCUCCUCCGCGAGAUCGAGCUCGACGGCGGAUUCGUACAUCGGGAGCUUGAUUAGCUUGACGUCGAAGAGCGAGAUCAGAUACGAGGGCGUCCUCUACAACAUUAACACCGACGAGUCCAGCAUCGGGCUCAGAAAUGUACGGUCAUUUGGAACAGAAGGACGGAAAAAAGAUGGACCACCAGUCCCACCAAGUGAUAAAGUUUACGAAUACAUAUUGUUCCGAGGAAGCGACAUCAAGGAUUUGCAGGUUAAAUCCUCUCCACCUGUUCAGCCUGCACCCCCACCCCCACCCCCUAUCAAUAAUGACCCAGCAAUCAUACAGUCUCACUACCCUCGUCCGGUUUCAACAGCUACAAGUUUGCCUCCCGCUCCUAGUGGACCCUUAAGCGAUAUUGGCUCCAACACGGCACAGAUGGCACUACCUGCCUCGAACUUUCAAGGAGGCCUUCCUUUAUAUCAACCACCUGGGGGGAAUAUAGGGUCAUGGGGAGCUUCCCCAGCUCCAGGUGCAAAUAAUAGUGGGAUUAUGCCUAUGUAUUGGCAAGGAUAUUAUCCUCCCAAUGGGCUUCCUCAUAUUAAUCAGCAGACUCUACUUCGGCCACCACCAGGGUUGUCUAUGCCUCCUCCUCUGCCGCUGCCAAUGCAGUAUCCUGGCUUUAAUACUUCUUUCCCUGCCGGAGCUUCGAGCUUGCCAGGUCCACACUUGCCAGAUGUCCCACCUCCUUUGCUUCCUGUUAGCAGCAGUUCACUAAACAUGACUUCCAUUUCCUCAUCUGCUACUCUGCCAUCAACUCUCUCUACUGUUCCAUCAGCUACAACAUCUUCAGAUUCCCUUUCGAGUGUCAUGCUCAAUAAGGCACUGAUCCCUGCCCUUCCUGCAGUCAGUCUGAGUGCUAAUUUGCCAUCGCUCCCUCCUCUGAUGACUACUCCGGAGAUUAGCAACAUAAUUCUCCCUAUAUCUAACAAGCCCAAUGUAUUUGCUGGUCCAACCUUGCAGUAUCAAAGUACUCCUCAAUCCACUUCCUCCAUUUUGGGGCCAUCCAAUGCUGUCAAUCAAGAAGCUCCUAUACAGAUACCAACACCAGCAGCAAUACCUUCAUUGAUAACGCCCGGUCAGCUUCUGCAGUCUGGACCCACUGCCACCCCUUCUUCUCAACCUUCACAAAUUGCUCACAAGGAUGUGGAGGUGGUUCAAGUCUCACCAUCAUCACCAAAGCCAUUGGCACCUGUUGCAUCAGAAGCUCAACCUCCUAUAUUGCCUUUGCCUUCACCUGCACGUGGUGGUUUUAAGCAGAAUGGAGUUCCAUAUCAGGCUCGUUAUGGACAGAGAGGUCGUGAAAGGGGAAGAGGAGCUCGGGGUUCACGUCCAGUCACUAGAUUUACUGAGGAUUUUGAUUUUAUGGCAAUGAAUGAGAAAUUCAACAAGGAUGAAGUAUGGGGUCACCUUGGUAAGAGUAAAAGUCAUUCCAAGGACAAAGAUGUCGAGGGCGACGUGAGUGAUGAGGAUAAUUAUUAUGAUGAAGAGGAUAGUGAGCUACCAAAUAUGGAGGUCAAGACUGUCUACAACAAGGAUGAUUUCUUUGAUUCACUCUCCUGCAAUGCGCUUGAUCAUGGAUCACACAGUGGAAGACCUAAGUUUUCUGAGCAAAUGAAGAUAGACACGGAGACUUUCGGUGAAUUCUCAAGGCAUAGGGGUGGUCGAGGCGGCCGUGGUCCUGGUCGUGGUGGCCGUGGUCGGGGCUACUAUGGGAGGGGUUAUAACUAUACUGGAAGAGGCCGAGGAAGAGCGGUUUACGGCCGGGCUUCAUAGAGGUUAUCGUGGCCUAUGUGCUUCUCAGGAUUAGAGGCUUAAAUAACUUGCUGGAACUGGAAACUAGCUUAGCUCUAUGCUCCUGAUCUUUGUGUUUUUGGUUUUUUCUGGAGUCUAAUCAGUCUUUCAUAACGUUGAGCCGAUUGAGGGGCCAUGUGUUCUGCUAAGAAUUUGUUUGCACGAAUAUUGGAAGCAGGAUUUUCAGUUUUAUGAAAUAUCAGAUGGUGAUCUUGUUGUAA